AUGCCUCAUUGGAUUCGUCGUUAUAUUUGUCACUAUUUGGCUUGGCUGUUGCGUAUGAAACGUCCAAAUGAAGAAAUAUCUUGGAAAGUUAUAUCAUGUUUACAAAAUUUAGUUAUUUUAAAACGAUCAGAACAAAAUUCUGAAGCUAAAGAAUCAAAAAUAACUGAUAAUGAAAGUGAACCCUUAUUAAGUCAAGAAUUAGUGCCGGGAAAUACCUCAGAACAACCGCAAACUUAUGAAAAUAAAUCAAAUUUAAAAGAAAUAAAACAAUUGAAAGUGGAAUUGCAAAGGAUUUUUAAAGAAAUAUGUGUAAUAACUGAUGAUAUACGUCAGCGUGGAAAAGAUGAUAACAUUGCUUCUGAUUGGAAAUUUGCCGCUAUGGUUAUUGAACGAUUUUGUUUAUGGCUGUUUACGUUUCUAACAAUUGUUUUUACUUGCUCUAUUUUGUUUUCAUCGCCAAAUAUUUUUAAAUUAUAUUGA